CUAGACUGGGAAUCGGAGGAAUGCUGUCGUAAUGUAUUCGCUUGCGAUGCGGUCAGGUGGAGGCUGGGCUGGACUGGGAAUCCGAUGAGUGUUGUCGUAAUAUACUCGCUUGCGAUGCGACCAGGUGGAGUCUGGGGGUUUAGCUAUUGCUCUGCAUCGGCCUCUCCGCUUUCCCUUUCUCCCAUCCUAGUAGAGGGUUCUUGUUCUUCCGAGCAGCGUCGGAGAGGAAACGAAGGGAUUCAGAUAUGGAGCAGACCUUUAUCAUGAUCAAGCCUGAUGGUGUCCAGCGAGGACUGGUCGGUGAGAUCAUUAGCCGAUUUGAGGAGAAGGGUUUCUAUCUGAAAGGCUUGAAGCUUAUGACCGUGGAGCGCUCCUUUGCUGAGAAGCACUAUGCCGAUCUCUCCUCGAAGCCCUUCUUUGCUGGGCUGGUGGAGUACAUCAUAUCCGGCCCUGUGGUCGCGAUGGUGUGGGAGGGAAAGAACGUGGUCGUGACCGGCCGCAAGAUCAUCGGGGCCACCAACCCUGCAGACUCUGCCCCGGGCACCAUCCGCGGCGAUUUCGCCAUCGAGAUCGGCAGGAAUGUUAUUCAUGGGAGUGACUCCAUUGAGAGUGCAAGGAAGGAGAUUGCUUUGUGGUUCCCUGAAGGCAUUACAGACUGGCAGAGCAACCUCCACCCUUGGAUUUAUGAGUAGAUGACAGCUGCUGCUUAGUUUGCAAAAAUUCAGAGUCUAGUCGUCUAUUUUAAUUUCCAGUCGAUGAAACUUAAGUUUUGACUUGAAGCUUUUGUCAGUCCCGGUGACGGGGUGAAACUUGGAUUUCAAAAUCUAGAUGUUUAUUGAACUCAUCAUAUUAUGCAUUGCGGCUGUCAUUUAAUAAGCAAUGCUUAUUAUUUAUAACAUGCUGGCCUGCUGCUUAUCUCA